CUAAGGUUUACAUCAAGUCACUGGACGUAGCCAUCAACAUGGGACUUCCAACUCUUCUUCUUUUGUUUGCCAUUGCUGUCUUACCAUUCGUCCAAGGUACCUAUCCAAGCAUAGAUCAACCUUGGGGAGGAAUGGGCGAUGACAUAAUCGGAGGAGGUGAUAUUUAUCCUGCAGGCGGACAAGGUCGAAGUGUUAGUCCAAUUUACGGCUCAAGCUCAGGACGAAUAUGGUGUACUUGUCGUCGUCGAUGUCGUUAUAGGGAAUGGAAUUACAGAAACUCUUGUAUACUUCCAUUUUUACCAAGAUACUGGAGAACAUGUUGUAAAUAUCUGAGAAAUUAUCAAACUUCAUCUCUGUACGGUGGUUCUGCUGGUUCAACUUACCCUCAACCAUACCCAGGAAGUACUUACCCCGGAACUUACCCUGGAUCUACAUACCCACCAACUUACCCUGGAUCUAUGUACCCUCAAAUGAGUUACCCUACAUAUCCUGGAAUGGGAAUGGGAGGAGGUAGCAUGCCACCAAAAGGAAUGUAA